UCAUUCAUUCCUUUACCAGAACAACGUACCCAUGUACGUAUGAACAGAGUAUUACUUUUUUUGCUAGGUGUCUCAUACAGUGUAGGGUUGCUUCAUGUCAAACUUCCGCUAGCCGUUGGCGAAGUGCGACCACAUUGUAGAAUGCAGAUUAGCGCGGUCUUACCGAAGUAUUCCUCUCGGUGAAGAACUGAGUUCUGUCCUGUGCGGUACACAGAUUUACGUUUAGCUUAUUCUUUAGAGGCACAUCUGCGGUAGAGACGCAUGUUCAUGCGCCACCAGCAGCCGAACUUUCUGUGUGCAGGAAAUUAAGCGUUAGCCCCUCCUUCUUUACAACGGUCAGUUUACUGUUACCAUGGUACCCCUUUUCAGCCAUAGUCUGUGAUAUCGUUGCUUUUUAGUAUUACUGGGCGAUAAAAAGACUAAUUUAAAAAAGAAAAUGAGCGUGACUUUCACUCGCACAGUUAAUAAGAAAGAUCAAGCUGUUUUGCAGGAACGGCCUUAUGACCACCUGUAUGAUCCAGUUUACACGGUGUCAUCGGAGGUAGACCAUGCCAGGUCCAACCUCAAGGCCUACGCCAAUAAUGGCCGAAUUAAGAGAGUGCCUGUUUUUGACUCCAUGUUCAGUAACCUGCCUCACCGCCCACGCUACAAUCUUCAACUGGAGUCUUCAGACCCUGUACCACCCUGGAUUGAUCGUUGCUGGCGAGGCCACACAGAACAGCGUAAAGAGGCACUGCAGCAGCUGGCUGGUUACCUUCCUCACAGGGCCAUUCCAAAUGCAAGGCUGGAAAACGAGAACUGCCAGGUGACCGGAGCAGACCGCUGGAAAUAUUUCAAAUGCCCUCUGAUUCCCUUCUCACACCAAGUUCCCCCAGAUGUUUUUUUCACUUUGCCAAAAGAAGAUUUUGAAUCGAUCGGAGUGAAGAAUGCUGAGCAACAGCCCACUCACUUCACUGUUGGGGUUCAGACCGACUACAGGGAGAGUGAAACACAGACAGACCCGUACAGCCCUGAGUAUGUGGUACAACGUGGGACAACUCCAUCAGAGCUUCUGCAGCUUGCAGCUUUCACCUGGGGUCGAGGUCUGCCUGCAGGCCUGGCAGAAGUGGAAAUGAUACAGCGGGCCCGUGCCAGACGAGACUGGGAGGCCUCCCUUCCUCCUCUGGAUGACCUCAGUCAGUUGGACAAAAGGAGGCGCAUGAUGGAAGAGAAGGAGGCUGAAGAAUGGGCUUACAGAGAAAAAGAAAUUGAGAAGUUGCAGGAGAUACGUCUUGCUGUGAUGAAGGACCUCUUAAAGCAAAGACAAGAGACCCAGAAUGAAAUAACAAGCAAAAGACUGAACCAGAUAUAUUCUAAGCUUCUAAAAGACAAGGAGAUCAAGCAGAGCAAGAUACACAACGACUACCACAGGUCUCUAAGGAAAUUAGAAGCAAAGAGAAGAAACUUUGGGAGGUGGCAAGGGCGAAGUGGAAAUAUCAAAAAAUAUUCAGGCUCAUAUGCUUUUCCUACCUCAAGGCGCACCUCCAGCAAUGAGUUUAAAAGCCACUACUUGGACACAUAUGAAGGCUUGCAAGAGCUAGAGGUAGAACUCUCUGCUUCAGUCCUCAAGCCGCAGUUGGAAAAACCCAAACCCAAAGUUAAAACUACCAAGGCAGAGAUCGAGCCUCCUGUGAGCAGAGCUGUAAUACUUUUGCAGAAAUACCAGGCACUUAAAGAGGAGGAGCAAGCACAGAGGACCCUGCGUUUUCUGCAAAAGUUGGAGAAGCCUAUUUCUCGUCCAGACACCCCUAAAGUGGAAGAGCCACCAGAGGAAGAUGAUGAGACAGAGCUUGCAGUGGAGUUGCAGAAACUACUGAGAGGAAGAAGUGUCCAAAUUGAGAUUUCUAUAGGUAAAGAGAACCAUAUGGAGCUCAUCCAGGAACUAAGGACUGUCCAUGCCCUACAGCCAGAGGAGCAGGAGCUACAGAAAGCUGACAAAGAGCUGACACUGACCCAGAAAACACAGCGGGACAAACUUAGACACAAGACUUCUCAGAAGUUGGCGUCUCAGGCUGGAGCAGUAGGUGCAGAGCUUGAACACCUGUUCAACACCUUGUCCAAGGAUUUGAUUCAUCUCCAGGAGGAGCGCAGGAUCCAUGCCUUUACGCUUCUGGCUGAGCGAGACCGCCGCCUACGAGAGGCAGAGGAGAGCGGGAGGAGACAGUUGGAGGAGUGCAGACGCAGAGAAGAAGAUGAGAUCUUCAGACAAGUGGUGCAAAUCCACCAGGACACUUUGGAUCUGUAUUUGGAGGACAUCAUCUUAGAGACAGUGGAGAAGACAGCUGACCAGCAGGCCAGAGAGGAGAUCCACAGGAUGGCAAAAGAGGUCAAUGAUAUUGCCUAUGCCAUGGAAGAAAGCUUAAAUAAUUUCCAGUCUGAGGAGAUUGUGUCCGAGUUGACGUACAGUUUCCUGAUUCCUGAGGUUGAGAAGAUAACCACCAGGCAGAGAGUGCAACAGAAGCAGCUCAGACACUUGCAGGCAGCUCGGAGUAUCAUCCAAGGGACAUCAGAGAACUCUGGAUUCCUUCUCAGUGUUCAAGGGGGCUCACAGAUGACCUGUCCUUCUGAGAGGGCCGCCAACCAAGUCAUUGAGGAGAUGAUCAACCAAGACGAGCAGGAGAGGGAAAGAAGCAAAGCAGCACCACACUCUAACUGAGUGACAAGGAACUGCAAAUAUACAAAGAGUGUAAAACACAUUCUGAUGUCUAGAACGACUGUUCUCUCCUUUUAUCAAAGUAAAACCCUCAAAUAUUAAUUAUGGGUUGAUUAUGUACAGGCAUAUGAAUAUCAAUACUUAAAUAUAUUCAAUUAAAUUUCCACCUUUUCUAGUAGGGUUUAAGCAGGAACUUGAUUGUGAUCUGAAGGAGACGUCUUCUGAUUCAGUUUUAAGUUAUUUUUCAGAAUUGAUUUGUUAUUUUUCCUCUUUGGUCACAGAUCUGAAAAGGCAUAUUUAAUUUAAGCUCAGAUGAGAGUUUUAGCUGGCUAUGAAACAGACUGAAAUUACAGGUACCUCUGAAUGAUCAACAGAAAUAAACAUGAC